AAAAAUAAUAAAACAAAUUCCUUAGAAAAUGACAACAAAAUUAUUAGUGUUUUUGGAUUGUAAUUUUUUGGCAAAACGAGCUGCAGUUAAUUUCGGUUUAACCUUCUCUGGCUUGCGGUGUCCCACACGUCACUACUUUCAUGCUUUCCAAACGCCGAGAAAGCAACAUCUGACCAAGAAUGCUCUAGCUUUAAUGAAAGCUUUUGGCCUUCGUGCGGUUGGCUGCCGUUUUUAUACAGAUAAUUGGCAAAAUAAUUUCAAUCGCAAUAAUGAGCAACGAAAAACUAUACCGAAACUAAUAUACCUGCAUAAUCCGUGGAAAUAUAUUGUGACAAAAUGGAAUUUUUUGCGACUUCGUUUAUUUUGGGAUCGCCAAUUCACCGAGAAGGAAUUCGUUCGUGGAUCAACGCAGGCUGCCAUUGUAAUCACUGAUAUCAUACGCAGCCAGGACACCGGAGGAAUCAGUCAAUUCACCACCCCUGUUGGCUUUCAGCAAAUCACGCGUGACAUGUUGCUCUCACGGAACGACUCACGCCUAAAAUUGGUAAAAUUCGACACGGAGCACAUACGAAAGGCGAUCCCGAUGAAAGUGGCGACCCGAAAAAAUUUUGGGCGCCGCUAUUGCUUCGUAGAUAUGUUAUUCGUGGGCAUGCGAAAUACCAAGGACUUCGACUCACCCGAAGAGUUGGUAGAGAUCAAUGAUGUGCUGCGUAAACUGGACACGGACCUGCGCACGCCCGUCGAGGUACUUUCGGUGCCACACCGUAUUGUAUUCGCCGAGAUUUUCAUGCGUUUUCGACGCGAUUACACACAAAAUGGGGAGAAUGAAACUAAUGAUGGAAAUGAUAAAGAAUGGUCGGUGUCUUUUUACAAAAUUCUUACAUUCGAUGUACUAAACUACGAUCCGAGGCCGUAAAAAUGGCGGUUAAACACGCAAUGAAUAAAAUUAGAAGCUAAUUUAUGUUUGAAAAA